AUGGUUGCAUCCAAACUUGAACUAUCAGUUGAAGAGCAAGAAGCAAUUGAGCUAUUGGCAGUUUUCAGAGGCCUGCAAUUGUGUUCCACCAUGGGACUUGACUCUUAUGUGCUAAUAUUCUCACCGAAUCUAAAGAGGCACAUUCUCGACUUCGCUGGUUCGCAGAAAUUGCCCAUAGAGGAGCGUUACCUUAAAAAAUGUCAUCCCAUUGUUGCCAAACCUUUUUACAACUUGAGCGCUAUGACUGAAGAAACUGAAGCAACGCCAAAUACCGAACCAAAUAUGCAAUCCAAUCCUGAAACUAAUCCCCACCAUCCUGCUAACCCAUUCUUCAUUCAACCCGGUGAAGGAGCAUCCUCUCCAUUGGUUCCCGACCUCUUAACAACAGAAAAUUAUGUGACCUGGGCAAGGACAAUGCGACGAGCCCUCAACAUAAAAAAUAAGCUUGGAUUUAUUGAUGGUAAAAUCGCCAAACCAACCAACGUUUCUGACCCUUUGCCUGCUCCAUGGGAGCGCUGCAAUGACAUGGUCAUAGCAUGGAGACAACACUCGGAGCGAUUUUCUAUCCAAAAUGCUCCUCGCAUUUUCCAACUUACAAAGUCCAUCUCCUCUUUAACACAAGACACUGACUCCGUCAGUCAAUACUACAACAAACUCAAAAGCUUCUGGGAUGAGCUUGAGAUUUAUGAGCCCAUGCCACUUUGCACUUGUGGCUCAGUCAAAAUUUUGCAGGAAUACACCCAUCGCAGCAAGGUCAUGCAGUUCCUCAUGGGACUCGAUGAUUCCUUCGAUUCCGUUCGGGCGCAAAUUUUACUUCAUGACCCAUUGCCAGCUCUCAACCAAGUUCAAUCCUUAUUUCAACAAGAAGAACGGCGUCGUCAAAUUCAUUCCAUGCCUGCACCCCUUACAAUGGUCACACGAGGACUAGAUAGCCGCAGCCAGAACAACUCUCGCAAAGAUCGUUUGUUCUGCUCCCAUUGCAAUAUACCUGGCCAUUCUUUGGAGUGUUGCUUCAAAGUGAAUCCCCAUCUGCCCAUGUGCUCACACUGUCACAUACCUGGCCACAUCAAAGAAAAAUGCUACAAGCUAAAUGGCUUCCCUCCAGGCCACAAGCACGGUCUUAAGCUUAAAUCUUUUGCUAACCAAUCAUCUCUUGUGCAGGAAGAAAUUCAUCAUCGUUCGUCCAUCACUCAGGAGCAGUACAAACAACUCCUUGCCUUGCUCAACCCCUCUCAUGUUGAUGCCACUACUCCUACUACUAACAAUGCGCACGUUGACUCCUCCCCUGUUUCUACACACACCCACGGCAAUGCCUCAAAUACCUCAUGGAUUAUAGACGCAGGUGCUACAGAUCACAUGAUCUGUAGCCUCAACCUUUUCACAAACAAUGUCACCACAGUUUCUAAUAUGAUUAAGCUCCCAAAUGGAUCCACCACAACAGCCACACACUUGAUAUUUGGGGUCCUAACUCAGCUCAAGGAUACAAUGGUUCCAAAUACUUUCUUACCAUUGUAG